AUGGCGCAGAAGCGUUUGAUGAGCGAGCUGCAGACGCUGCAAAAAGAGAAAUGGGUGCACAUCGAAGUCGACGACAGAAACGUCAUGAACUGGAAGAUCGGUCUCAUGGUCGUCAACCCGGAUAGUGCCUUCAACGGUGCCUACCUCAAGGCCGAGAUGACCUUUCGACCCGACUAUCCGAUCCAACCUCCUACCUUCCGCUUCCUGAACCGGUCCAUCUACCACCCCAACAUCUACCCCGAUGGAAAGCUGUGUAUCUCUAUUCUCCACGAUCCCGGUGAAGACGAGCAAUCUGGGGAGUUGGCGUGUGAAAGAUGGACACCUCUGCAGGGUGUUGAGUCUGUACUGCGUUCAGUGCUGCUGUUGUUGGACGACCCCGAGAUCAACUCGCCUGCCAACGUGGAUGCGGGUGUCAUGUACCGCGACAAACGGUUAGAGUACGAGAAGAGGGCGCGCGAGACGGUUGAAAAGUCGAAGAAGGACAUCCCGCCUGGAGUGACGAUCCCCACCUCAGCGGACUUGGAGCCUGUUCCGCAAAAGCAUAUCGACGACGACGCGUUCUGGAAUGAGACGGAUGAGGAAAUGGACUUCGGGGGCAGCGACAGCGAGCUCGACAUGGACGACUUUAACGAAGAUGAGGACGACGAAGAUGAAGACGACGAGAAGCCGCCUAAGGCAUGA